GGGCUCGCGCUCGGAAGUCAGGGGUCGGCGCGGAGCGCGAACAGUGUCCCGGGUGGGUGAGGGCGGCGCGGAGGUGGAGCGCCCGGCAGUGGUCAGCGAGCCGCACGGUCCUCCCCAGCGGCGCCCAUCGGCCCGUCUCUUCCGCGCGAGCCGCCGCCACCGCCCGCCCUGCGAGCCCGGCCCCUGGGCCCUGGAGCUCAGCCCGCAGAGCGGCCUCCGGGGGACGCCGCUGGGCGAGAGGAACGCGCCCUUGCCUUUGCCGUGGCCCAGCGCGCGGGCGGCGGGAUGAGGGGCAGCGAGCGGGCCGCGCGGACGCUGCAGCCCCGGGGGCAGCUCUGGCCGGUGCUGGCCGUGCUGGCCGCGGCGGCCGGCUGCGCCCGGGCAGCCAUGGACGAGUGCACGGACGAGGGCGGGCGACCGCAGCGCUGCAUGCCCGAGUUCGUCAACGCCGCCUUCAACGUGACCGUGGUGGCCACCAACACGUGCGGAACUCCGCCCGAGGAGUACUGUGUGCAGACCGGGGUGACCGGAGUCACCAAGUCCUGUCACCUGUGCGACGCCGGGCAGCCCCACCUGCAGCACGGGGCAGCCUUCCUGACCGACUACAACAACCAGGCCGACACCACCUGGUGGCAAAGCCAGACCAUGCUGGCCGGGGUGCAGUACCCCAACUCCAUCAACCUCACGCUGCACCUGGGAAAAGCUUUUGACAUCACAUAUGUGCGCCUCAAGUUCCACACCAGCCGGCCCGAGAGCUUCGCCAUUUACAAGCGCACACGGGAGGAUGGGCCCUGGAUCCCCUACCAGUACUACAGCGGCUCCUGCCAGAACACCUACUUCAAGGCCAACCGCGGCUUCAUCAGGACAGGAGAGGACGAGCAGCAGGCCUUGUGCACAGACGAGUUCAGUGACAUUUCCCCUCUCACCGGGGGCAACGUGGCCUUUUCUACCCUAGAAGGAAGACCCAGUGCCUACAACUUUGACAACAGCCCUGUGCUGCAGGAAUGGGUAACAGCCACGGACAUCAGAGUAACUCUCAAUCGCCUGAACACUUUUGGAGAUGAAGUGUUCAAUGACCCCAAAGUCCUCAAGUCCUAUUACUAUGCAAUCUCUGAUUUUGCUGUAGGUGGUAGGUGUAAAUGUAAUGGACAUGCCAGCGAGUGUGUGAAGAAUGAAUUUGACAAGCUGGUGUGCAGUUGCAAACAUAACACUUAUGGAGUCGACUGUGAAAAGUGUCUUCCUUUCUUCAACGACCGGCCGUGGAGGAGGGCGACAGCCGAGAGUGCCAGCGAAUGCCUGCCCUGUAACUGCAAUGGCCGAUCGCAGGAAUGCUACUUUGACCCUGAACUGUACCGUUCCACCGGCCACGGUGGCCACUGUACCAGCUGCCGGGAUAACACCGACGGCCCCAACUGCGAGAGGUGCCGGGAGAAUUUCUUCCGCCUCGGGAACACGGAAGCCUGCUCUCCGUGCCACUGUAGUCCGGUUGGCUCCCUCAGCACACAGUGCGAUAGCUACGGCCGGUGCAGCUGUAAGCCAGGGGUGAUGGGCGACAAGUGCGACCGUUGCCGGCCUGGAUUCCAUUCUCUCACCGAGGCAGGAUGCAGGCCGUGUGCGUGUAACCCUUCCGGCAGCACGGAUGAGUGUAAUAUUGAAACAGGAAGGUGUGUGUGCAAAGACAACGUUGAAGGCUUCAACUGUGAGAGAUGCAAACCGGGAUUUUUUAAUCUGGAAUCAUCGAAUCCCAGGGGGUGCACACCCUGCUUUUGCUUUGGGCAUUCUUCUGUCUGUACCAACGCCGUCGGCUACAGUGUCUACUCUAUAACCUCUGCCUUUCAGAUUGAUGAGGACGGGUGGCGGGCAGAACAAAGGGACGGCUCUGAAGCGACACUGGACUGGUCCUCUGAAAGGCAAGACAUUGCCGUCAUCUCAGACAGCUACUUUCCUAGGUACUUCAUUGCUCCUGCCAAGUUCUUGGGCAAGCAGGUGUUCAGUUACGGUCAGAACCUCUCCUUCUCCUUUCGAGUGGACCGGCGAGACACUCGCCUCUCUGCAGAAGACCUGGUGCUGGAGGGAGCUGGCCUGAGAGUGUCUGUGCCCUUGAUCGCGCAGGGCAACUCCUAUCCAAGUGAGACCACUGUGAAAUACGUCUUCAGGCUCCAUGAAGCAACAGAUUACCCUUGGAGGCCUACUCUUACUCCUUUCGAAUUUCAGAAGCUCCUGAACAACUUGACUUCUAUCAAGAUUCGUGGGACAUAUAGUGAGAGAAGCGCUGGGUACUUGGAUGAUGUCACCCUGGCAAGCGCUCGUCCUGGGCCUGGGGUCCCUGCAACUUGGGUAGAGACCUGCACCUGUCCUGUGGGAUAUGGAGGGCAGUUUUGUGAGUCGUGCCUCUCGGGGUACAGAAGAGAAACUCCGAGCCUCGGGCCGUACAGUCCAUGUGUGCUCUGUACCUGCAAUGGACACAGUGAGACCUGCGACCCUGAGACAGGGGUCUGUCACUGCAGAGAUAACACAGCCGGCCCCCACUGUGAGAAGUGCAGUGACGGAUACUACGGGGACUCGACCGCAGGCACCUCCUCUGAUUGCCAGCCCUGCCCGUGCCCUGGGGGCUCCAGCUGCGCGGUGGUCCCGAAGACACAGGAGGUGGUGUGCACCAACUGCCCUACGGGCACCACCGGUAAAAGGUGCGAGCUCUGUGACGACGGCUACUUUGGAGACCCCCUGGGGAGACAUGGCCCUGUGCGGCUCUGCCGCCUGUGCCAGUGCAACGACAACAUCGAUCCCAACGCAGUUGGGAAUUGUAACCGCCUGACGGGAGAGUGCCUGAAGUGCAUCUACAACACCGCCGGCUUCUACUGUGACCGGUGCAAGGACGGAUUUUUUGGAAAUCCGCUGAAUUCCAACCCAGGAGACAAAUGCAAAGCCUGCAACUGCAACCCCUACGGGACCCUGCGCCAGCAGGGCACCUGCAGCCCUGUCACUGGGCAGUGCGAAUGUCUGCCUCACGUCAACGGCCGCGACUGUGGCGCUUGCGACCCCGGGUUCUACAACCUGCACAGCGGGAAAGGCUGUGAGAGGUGUGACUGCCACGCUUUGGGCUCCACCAAUGGCCAGUGCGACAUCCGCACCGGCCAGUGCGAGUGCCAGCCUGGCAUCGCCGGUCAGCACUGCGAGCGCUGCGAGGUCAACCACUUCGGGUUCGGACCGGAAGGCUGCAAACCCUGUGACUGUCAUCCUGAGGGCUCUCUUUCACUUCAGUGCAAAGACGAUGGUCGCUGUGAAUGCCGAGAGGGCUUCGUGGGAAACCGCUGUGACCAAUGUGAAGAGAACUAUUUCUACAAUCGGUCUUGGCCUGGCUGCCAGGAAUGUCCGGCGUGUUACCGGCUGGUGAAGGAUAAGGUUGCUGAUCAUCGGGUGAAGCUUCAGGAAUUAGAGAAUCUCAUAGCAAACCUCGGGGCUGGGGGUGAAGUGGUGACAGACCAAGCCUUUGAGGAUCGCCUGAAGGAAGCAGAGAAAGAGGUGACGGAGCUGCUUCGCGAGGCCCAGGAUGCCAAAGAUGUAGACCAAAAUUUGUUGGAUCGCCUCCAGCGAGUGAAUAACACCUUAUCCAGCCAAAUUAGCCGUUUACAGAAUAUCCGGAAUACCAUCGAAGAGACUGGAAACUUGGCUGAACAAGCACGUGCCCGGGUGGAAAGCACUGAGCAGUUGAUUGAAAUCGCGACCAGGGAACUUGAGAAAGCAAAGGUUGCCGUUGCCAAUGUGUCAAUCACACAGCCAGAGUCUACGGGGGACCCAAACAACAUGACCCUUCUGGCAGAAGAGGCUCGAAAGCUUGCUGAACGCCAUAAACAAGAAGCUGAUGACAUUGUACGAGUGGCAAACACAGCCAGUGACACAUCAACUGAGGCAUAUAAUCUGCUUUUGAAGACCCUGGCAGGAGAAAAUCAAACAGCACUGGAGAUUGAAGAGCUUAACAGAAAGUAUGAACAGGCGAAGAAUAUCUCGCAGGAUCUAGAGAAGCAAGCUGCCCGGGUGCAUGAGGAGGCCAAGAGGGCCGGUGACAAAGCUGUGGAGAUCUAUGCCAGCGUGGCCCAGCUGACACCCGUGGACUCGGAGGCCCUGGAGAAUGAGGCAAAUAAAAUAAAGAAGGAAGCCGAAGAUCUGGACCGUCUGAUUGACCAGAAAUUAAAAGAUUAUGAGGACCUCAGAGACGACAUGAGAGAGAAGGAAUAUGAAGUAAAGAAACUUCUGGAGAGCGGAAAGGUCGAACAGCAGACUGCCGACCAACUGCUAGCCCGAGCCGAUGCUGCCAAGGCUCUUGCAGAAGAAGCUGCUAAAAGGGGAAGAAACACUUUACAAGAAGCCAAUGACAUUCUCAACAACCUGAAAGACUUUGAUAGACGAGUGAACGAUAACAAGACUGCUGCAGAGGAAGCACUGAAGAGAAUCCCGGCCAUCAACCAGACCAUAAUUGAAGCCAACGAAAAGACGAGGGAGGCACAGCUGGCCCUGGGCAACGCAGCCGCGGACGCCACGGAGGCGAAGAACAAGGCCCACGAGGCAGAGAGGAUCGCCAGCGCAGUCCAGAAGAAUGCCACCAGCACCAAGGCAGAAGCUGAAAGGACUUUUGCAGAAGUCACAGACCUGGACAAUGAGGUGAACACUAUGUUGAAACAACUCCAGGAAGCAGAAAAGGAGCUGAAGCGAAAACAAGAUGAUGCCGACCAAGAUAUGAUGAUGGCAGGGAUGGCCUCCCAGGCUGCUCAGGAAGCAGAGAUCAAUGCCAGGAAGGCCAAGAACUCCGUCACCAGCCUCCUCAACCUUGUUAAUGACCUCCUAGAGCAGCUGGGGCAGCUAGACACAGUGGACUUGAACAAGCUCAAUGAGAUCGAAGGCACGCUGAACAAAGCCAAAGACGAAAUGAAAGUCAGUGAUCUAGACAGGAAAGUGUCUGACCUGGAGAACGAGGCCAGGAAGCAGGAGGCUGCCAUCAUGGACUACAACAGAGACAUCGAGGAGAUCAUGAAGGACAUCCGCAACCUGGAGGACAUCAGGAAGACCUUGCCGUCUGGCUGCUUCAACACCCCAUCCAUCGAGAAGCCCUAGAGUCUUCCUUUGGGGCUGGGAGGCAGCCCUCCCCGCGGGGAGCCGUUGUGAGGCCCUACGGUGCCUUAACACAAAGAUUACAUUUUCAGACCCCCACUUCUCUGCUGCUCUCCACCACUGUCCUUUUGAACCAGGAAAAGUCACAAAGUUUAAAGAGAAGCAAAAUUAAACAUCGUGAAUUGGGAACAAAGGGUUUUAUCUAAUAAAGUCUCUCUUCCACUAACGGCGCUCCCUUACCCACACUUCCCCUUCCGAGUCGCAUAAGGACGUGGCCUCCUACGUCGUUGUUCAGUGGCGUAAGCACUUCGUGGGAACCAUUGUAUGCCGGGGCUGAGCAAGUAGCCCUCCCUUGCUCACCGAUGCCAACAGAACCUCCUCAGUCUCAGUACUCUUGUUUCUAUGAAGGAAAAAGUUUGGCUGCUCAGAGUGGCAUUGUGAUGGCCAGUAUAUCCAGUCUAUAGCUAAAGAAAAUGCAUCUCCAUCCCCUGCCCCUCCCCCUUUUAAGCAAAAGUAACUCAACAUCCUGUGCCAAAGGUAUCGGUCCUUUAGAAUGUCAAGAGCCAUCACCAGUUGUUUUAGCUACUUUGAGUAUAGGACACUGAGCCAUCCCCGGGUAAGGAUGCAAUUAUUUAUGACAGUCUCCAGGGGAAUAUGAGACUGCAGAAGUAGGCUGAACACUUUCUCCUAUGUUAAUAAUUGACUAGGAGGAUAAACUUUUUUCAGAUCUUUGGGCAGCUGAUCAUUUAAAUCUGGAUGGGCAACUUGUACUUGCCAACAGACAUCUUUUGGUAUUCCUAGCAAUGGAGUUUAUGCAGAAGAAUUAGGGAUAUGAUAACCACUAAAGUUUUCUCUUCAAAACCUAAUUCUUAGAGCUUUGUUAGUAUGUUAGUAUGGGAACUAGUGCUGUUACUUGGCAGAGAACAGCAGUUGGUCCCUAAGAUCUUGGCAAACAGAACAAAAGAAAAACAAGCCCUAGUCUUUUCUAGCAAACGGAUAAAACGUGGGUGCAACUCUAAUUGUCAGGAUCCCGUAUGUCCAUUUUUCUUCCAUUGGGAAGGGAUGAAACAUUGGACCCUUGGCCUUAAUUUUCUUCUGAUGUCCCCGUCUUCGAGAAUCCCUCAAAACACAGGGCUUGCCAAAUCCAGGCGGCAAAUACUUGCACUCAAUAGUUCACACAGCUGCCGACACCAUCUAGUUCCUGCACUUUGUGGUUUAGACCCACUCUGACCCUUCCCUCUUACGUGUCGAGGGAAGACCCUUUAGUGGAGUUUCCUAGUGGGCUUCUCAACUUUUGAUCCUCAGCUCUGCAGUUUUCUUUUAUGAUCACAGUGUGACAAUUCCCUGCCACACGACCCUUUCCUCCUACCAACCUGCCUUUGAGAUUCAUAUAUUGCCUUUAACACUAUGCAACUUUGUACUUUGCGUAGCGGGGGAAAGAAACUAUUAUCUGACACACUGGUGCUAUUAAUUAUUUCAAAUUUAUAUUUUUGUGUGAAUGUUUUUUUUUUUUGUUUGUUUAUCAUGAUUAUAGAGUAAGGAAUUUAUGUAAAUAUACUUCCUCCUCUUUCUAGAAUGGCACUGUCUGUUCACUUCACUUUUCCUCUUCCCUGGCACAAUGUGUCUGAUCACCUCCUCCCCUCCCAUCUGCAGUUCUUUGGAUUGUACCUGGUCCCCAUUGCUUUGUCCUUCGCCUUGUGUUUGCAGCGUGCCCUUUCUGUAACGUUAACAUCAGCCUCUGUUCCUCCACACACAGCCCGUGUCAAGAGGAACCUAGACCCCUGUCCCAUUGCAGUCCUGGUGUCCCUAACAACAGCACAGUGUCAUUCUUCAUGCCUGCUCCAGAGCAGGGACGCCAGGCCGCCGGGCAUGGUGGAGUGAGGACAUUGUGCAGAGGGGUAUCUUCAACAUCAGUGUGGCUCUAGCCAGGAGGGAGCUAGAAAUGCCCUUUCUGCAGUGGUUUCGGCCGCAGGGGUCUAUUUUAUGAGAGAUUGCGUAAUUACUGAGAGUGCGUAGCAUCAGGGAUAGUGCUGCAGACAGAGCCGUGUAACUCAGUUCUGCCCCUUCCCAUCUCCCCUUGCGCACCAGAGCUGACUUAAUAUGUUUUCACCUGUCGUACCCCGGAGCUUUCUCCUGCUUCUCUCAGGUCUCUUCGGCUAGCCCAGGAGGCAUGGCUCGUUCUUGCCAAGUUGUCACAUGAGUGUUUCCUAGCUAGUUCCUUUUGUCAAGUGGCCAUUUCCUAACAGAGACAUUGUGGUCAAGGUUACAGGAAAAGGACUGAAGAGAGACUGCUAGUGUAGUUUUUCAUCUAGCCUAUGGGUCAGGUUCACUCCGGUAAGUCUUAGUUAGGCCCCAGUGAAAUUUUUAGAAUUUGUUGGCUUUUUUUUUCUUUCUUUCUUUCUUUUUUUUUUUUUUCUUUUCUCCUCCAUCUGUGUGGUAUAUUUUUAAACAGAAUUUUAUUUUUAAAUAAAAGUUCUUUAUAAGAUGAUACCUUGAUUACACUCUUGCAAUAUAGCCAUUGUUUUAUUGUAUGGUUCCAGUUAUCUGUAUUUUGCAUUAAUAGAAUUGACAGGGUGGCUGCUGCGGACUGCUGGGUGUCACGGGACAUAUACAGCUGUCCCCUGGGACUUUAUUUUUUAAUUCCAACUGUGGCCCUUUGACACGUGCCUUCACUUUAGCUAUUUGCCUUCAUUUCUGCAGUCUUGCUCUCCAAGUUGGUGAAUAAAAUGCAACACUUGGCAUUUUUUAUGUUUAAAAAAACCAGUAUUUUAUUUAUAAUAAAAUCUGAAUAUUUGUAACCCUCUAUAUUUGGUGUGGC